AGGACGUCCCCGAAUAUCACGCAUGCGCACAGUACACUGAAGGCCUUGAAAACGUCGGAUGGAGGUUAAAAAUGACAAGGAAUUUGCCUACGGGAAUCUCGAACACAACACGCUAGUUUUGCUGUCUCUGUCCAGAUAUUUAAGAAGUGGAGCAAGAGAUUCACUCGAUCAUCCUUCCUGCUCAGAUUGUGAGAAGGGAUUCACUCGAUCAUCUGACCAACUGGCACGCCCGUUAGUUUACAUGGGGGGAGCCCAUUCUCCUGCUCAGACAGUGGGAAUGGAUUCACUUGGUCAUCUCAACUGAAGGUACAUCAGCAAGUUCCCACUGGGCAAGGCCAUUCACCUGUUCUGUGAGUGAGAAGGGAUUCAAUCGGUCUUCCCACCUGUGGACACACCAGUCAGUUCACACUGGGCAGAGGCUGGUCAUCUGAGGAAUCUGUGGAGAAGGAUUGACUCGGUCAUCUGUCCUAAUGGCUCACCAGCGAGUUCACACCGGGGAGAGGCCGUUCACCUGCUCAGACUGUGGGAAAGGAUUCACUUCCACAUAUAAGUUACUGAGACACCAGUCAGUUCACACUGGGGAGAGGCCAUUCACCUGCUCAGACUGUGGGAAGGGAUUCGCUCAGACAUCUCAACUGAAGGAACAUCAGCAAGUUCACACUGGGGAGAGGCCAUUCACCUGCUUGGACUGUGGGAAGGGAUUCGCUCAGUCAUCUCAACUGAAGGAACAUCAGCAAGUUCACACUGGGGAGAGGCCAUUCACCUGCUUGGACUGCGGGAUGGGAUUCAUUUCGUCAUAUAAGUUACUGAAACACCAGUCAGUUCACACCGGAGAGUGGCCGUUCACCUGCUCAGACUGCGGGAAGGGAUUCACCGAGUUACCUCAACUUCAGGUACAUCAGCGAGUUCACACUGGAGAGUGGCCAAUCACCUGCUCGGACUGCGGGAUAGGAUUCGCUUCGUCAUCCCAUCUGAAGAUACAUCAGCGAGUUCACACUGGAGAGCGGCCGUUCACCUGCUCAGACUGUGGGAAGGGUUUCACUUCGUCAUCCCAUCUGAAGGUACAUCAGCGAGUUCACACUGGAGAGAGGCCGUUCACCUGCUCAGACUGUGGGAAGGGAUUCAUUUCAUCAUCCCAUCUGAAGGUACAUCAGCGAGUUCACACUGGGGAGAGGCCAUUCACCUGCUCGGACUGUGGGAAAGGAUACUCUCAGUUAUCUCAACUGAAGGCACACCAGGGAGUUCACACCGGAGAGUGGGCAAUCACCUGCUUGGACUGCGGGAAGGGAUUUGCUUCGUUAUCCCAUCUGAAGAUACAUCAGCGAGUUCAUACCGGAAAGUGGCCAAUCACCUGCUCAGACUGUGGGAAGGGAUUCCCUUCGUUAUCCCAACUGAAGAUACAUCAGCGAGUUCACACUGGUGAGAGGCCGUUCACUUGCUCAGUCUGUGGGAAGGGUUUCACUUCGUCAUCCCAACUGAAGGUACAUCAGCAAGUUCACACUGGGGAGAGGCCGUUCAAUUGCUCAGAGUGUGGGAAGGGAUUCACUCGGUCAUCCCAACUACUGGCACACCAGCAAGUUCACACUGGGGAGUGGCCUUUCACCUGCUCAGAAUGUGGGAAGGGAUUCACUAAGUCAUCCACCUUACUGGUACAUCGGCGAGUUCACACUGGGGAGAAGCCGUUCACUUGCUCAGAAUGUGGGAAGGGAUUCACUCAGUCAUCCAUCCUAAAGGCACACCAGCGCCUUCACACUGGGUAGAGACCAAUCUGCUUGGACUUUGGGAAGAAAUUCUCUCAGCCAAAACAACCAGUGUGCAUCAUUGAGUUCACACUGGGGAGAGGCCGUUCACCUGCUGUGAAUGUAGGAAGCGAUUCACUCAGUCAUCUAAUGUUAUGUAGGUUCCAGUUGUGCUGGCAGCUUAACAGAGGGGGUUAUAGCCUCCAGUCUGGCCAAACUGAAGAAUCUCGUUUGGGUGGAUACUGAGCAAUGUGUCCCCUGUGUAAUCUGCCCUUGGGGUUCAUACUCUCUGUGGACUGUCUCUUUAAAGUGCAAAGAGAACCGAGACUGACCUUGGACACGCUGUUGGAUUUCUGCAGAAGUGCUGGGUUGCUAUGGUGACCAGCUAAUGUUUAUAUUCUGUGUGGUUAAGCAAGGUCAGAAUGAUCCUUUACCAACACAGAACAAGCAAGCGACUUCUUACAGAGAAGUCUAUUAUCCCCCCCCCCCCCAUCUUGUGAACUAAAUUGAAUCUACCACAUCAUCGUAAGACAAUGUCGUUUACCACCUUGGUUUUGGAUUUUAUAUACAGGUGACUCCCGUUUUUCGGACGUUCGCUUUACAACAGCUCACUGUUAUGAAAGACCUUCGUUAGUACCUGUUUUUGCUAACCAAAGAGGAUUUUCACUUUUAUGAUAAAGAUGAUGACUGCUUUAUACGUGAGUUUACCCCGAGAAAGACUACCAUGACCGUGAAGCCUUGUGCGGCAGUUGUGUACGCAUGCGUGCACGUGCCGAUUUUUUUUCUCUCCAAAUCAAUUUCAGUUCACUAUCUUCCCAAUUUUCAGUGAAACUACACCGUACAUACAAUAUUUCUACUUUAUCAUUCCUACUUUUACUAUAGGUUAGUGUUAUUUUAGGUUUUAUGUGCUAUUUGGUAUGAUUUGGUGGGUUUUCUUUGGGUCUGGGAACAUCCAAAAUCUUUUCCCAUUUAGAUUAAUGGUAAUUGCUUCUUCACUUCAUGACAUUUCGGCUUACAAACGGUUUCAUAGGAACACUCUCGCUUUAGAUACCGGGGGAAACCUGUAUUCACACCUAUAUAUGCAUAACAUUGCUAACCCUUGGAUUAUCUGGUUUAAGUUCA